AUGUGUCAUGAGCGGCUUCGUUGCCUGACUCCUUGGUUAGUCAGGCAGUUACUCGGCGGUCAUGUCGCAGCAGUCGCUGUAUCUUUUCCUUCUUUGCUCUCUUCAAGGCUGUACGCCUCUUCUUCAAAUGGUCCCCACAAGGCAAACCUUGUUGCGCCGCCACAGGAACCACGGCAAUUCUACCGCCGUCCCCUCCCUGCAUCUUGCAUAGCUUUCAGUGCCGUAGAGGGUCGUGAAAUAUUCAAAGAGACACUGGAAAUGGGCUUUUUAGAGGCAUUUUUCGAUUUGGCCCCUCAACUUCGGACACAAGUUCAGCCUUCUUACUGCGGUUUGUCGGCGAUGGUAAUGGUGCUGAACUCGUUUGAGAUGGACCCGGGCCGGGUGUGGAAGGCACCGUGGCGCUGGUACCACGAGGACAUGCUCACCUGUUGCCUUUCUUCGGAGGACCUUCUUACUCAUGGCAUAACUCUCGAUCAGUUUCAGUCCAUUGCCAAGUGUAACGGACUCAACGUGAGUCUUGGUCUCUCAUUCACCAAAAUUUGUUUCGGAUCACAUUCCUCCACAGGGGUUGAGCAGUCUCUAAAGCUUUGA